GGCGGGUGGGAGGCCGCCGAGGAGGCGGCGGCGGGGAGUCGCUGUGGCCGCAGGUGGUGGCAGCGCCCGCGGCAGCAGCAGCAGCAUCGUCAACACCAUCAGCACCAUCGCAGGGGCCUGGCAGCGGCUCGGCCCCCGCCCCGCCAGGAGGGCUGUCUGCGGCGGCGUCUCCGCGCAGGCUUUGCCGCGGUAGCGCCCCGGCAGCGGUCGCGCCGCGCCGGGCUGUAAGAUGGCGGCGGCGGCGGCCGGCGGGGGCGGCAGUGUGAACCCCUUCCUCAGCGACUCGGAGGAGGACGAGCCCGAGGAGCCCCGGCCCGGCGGCGGCAGCAGCAGCAGCACCGAGCCGGGCGGGCGGGCGUACCCGCAGCAGCAGCCGGAGCCGGCGGCGGGGAGCCCCGAGGAGCUGCCGGGUCUGCGAGCGGCGGCGCCGGGCGAUGCCGCCGCGGGGGCAGGGGAGCUGCCGCGGGUGCCGAUGGACGCGAUAGCGGCGCAGCUGCUGCGGGACCAGUUCCUGCUGACGGCGCUGGAGCUGCACACGGAGCUGCUGGAGAGCGGCCGGGAGCUGCCCCGGCUCCGCGAUUUCUUCUCCAACCCGGGCAACUUCGAGCGGCAGAGCGGCACGCCGCCCGCCGGCGGGGCCCUGGGCAGCCUGGGCAGCAGCAGCGGGCUCGGGGGAGCCGGCGGCAGGGAGCCCGGGGCCGGGCAGCUCAAUCGUGCUGGAAGCAUCAGUACUCUUGAUUCUUUAGAUUUUGCAAGAUACUCUGAUGAUGGCAAUAGAGAAACGGAUGAAAGAGUAGCAGUCCUGGAGUUUGAACUACGGAAAGCCAAGGAGACCAUACAGGCCCUUCGAGCCAACCUGACUCAGGCUGCAGAAAAUGAAGUUCCUUUGCAGGAACGAACAAAUUAUAAAUCAAGUCCUGAAAUUCAGGAGCCAAUUAGACCUCUUGAGAAAAGAGCUCUAAACUUCCUAGUUAAUGAAUUUUUAUUGAAGAAUAGUUACAAACUUACAUCAAUAACAUUUUCAGAUGAAAAUCAUGAUCAGGAUUUUGAACUUUGGGAUGAUGUAGGAUUGAACAUUCCAAAGCCUCCUGACCUGUUACAACUCUACCGUGACUUUGGAAACCAUCAUGUUGCUGCAAGAGAUGUGGUGGAUGCAUCAGUUGGUGUGGAAGAUGAUGAGUUAGAGGCUGACACUCCUAUACUUGGGACCGUCCCUGUGUUUGAAACAGCACCACCGUCAAUAGAACAAUGUUUAAUAGUGCAAAAAUUAGAAGAUCAAAUUAGUGUGUUAAACAGUGAGAAAUGGUCUUUGAUGGAACAAAUCCAAAGACUUGAAAGUGAAAUAGAUCUUCUCAAGAAUGAAAACUUUUCUGUGUCAACUGUUUAUGGUGUAGCUCCCCAUCCUUCUUUAAAACAAGUGCCUCUCACAGUCUCAGAGGACAAUGGACGGUACUUGGAUAUCAAGAGCUCUGAGAAUGACAGUAAACAUGGCAACAUUGAGGAAACAAGCCUUGCUUUAUCAGCUGAAGUGGAUUCAAGGACUUCUAAAGAUGAUAUGCUAAAUUCUGUGCCCUCUAAAGAGACAGAGAAACUGUCCUCGUGUCCUCCAUCAUCUAGAGCUGCAGUCCACUUUGACAAACCUAAUAGGAAAUUGUCACCAGCUUUCCAUCAAGCACUACUGUCUUUCUGUCGGAUGUCAGCAGACAGCCGUUUGGGAUCAGAGGUAUCUCGGAUUGCAGACAGUGAGAAAAGCGUCAUGUUAAUGUUGGGACGCUGCCUGCCUCAUAUUGUUCCUAAUGUGCUGCUUGCGAAACGAGAGGAAUUGAUCCCACUCAUACUGUGUACAGCCUGCCUCCAUCCUGAACCAAAAGAGAGAGAUCAGCUUCUGCACAUACUGUUCAAUUUGAUCAAACGACCAGACGAUGAGCAAAGACAGAUGAUACUGACUGGGUGCGUGGCAUUUGCCCGACAUGUUGGACCAACACGUGUAGAAGCUGAACUUUUACCACAGUGUUGGGAGCAGAUCAACCACAAGUACCCAGAGCGACGGCUACUGGUAGCAGAAUCCUGCGGAGCUCUAGCACCUUACCUUCCAAAAGAAAUUCGUAGUUCAUUAGUACUUUCUAUGCUGCAACAAAUGCUAAUGGAAGAUAAGGCAGAUCUGGUACGAGAAGCUGUGAUCAAAAGCCUUGGCAUCAUUAUGGGCUAUAUUGAUGAUCCAGAUAAAUAUCAACAGGGUUUUGAACUGCUGCUUUCAGCUUUAGGAGACCCUUCAGAACGUGUGGUUAGUGCAACACAUCAGGUAUUUUUGCCUGCUUAUGCUGCCUGGACAACAGAACUGGGAAAUUUACAGUUCCAUCUUAUACCUACACUGCUUAAUAAAAUUGAAAAAUUGCUCAGGGAAGGAGAACAUGGCUUGGAUGAACAUAAGCUCCACAUGUAUUUGUCCGCCCUGCAGUCAUUGAUUCCUUCACUGUUUGCACUGGUGCUACAGAAUGCACCUUUUACAAGCAAGGCUAAACUUCAGGGAGAAGUACCACAAAUAGAAGUCACUAGGUUUCCCCGACCCGUGUCGCCUCUUCAGGACGUCGCCGUCAUCAUUGGAAGCCGCGAGCAGCUGGCGGUGCUGUUGCAGCUGUACGAUCAUCAGCUGGAACAUGAGGGCACCACAGGCUGGGAGACUCUGCUAUGGGUAGUCAAUCAGCUGCUACCACAGCUUAUAGAAAUAGUUGGCAAGAUCAAUGUAGCAUCAACUGCUUGUGUCCAUGAGUUCUCUAGAUUUUUCUGGAGACUUUGUAGGACAUUUGGGAAAAUUUUUACAAACACUAAGGUAAAACCACAGUUCCAGGAAAUCUUAAGACUGUCUGAGGAAAACAUAGAUUCCACAGCAGGCAAUGGAGUGCUAACAAAAGCCACAGUUCCCAUCUAUGCAACAGGAGUCCUUACAUGUUAUAUUCAGGAAGAAGACCGCAAGCUGUUAGUUGGAUUCCUGGAAGAUGUAAUGACCAUGCUUUCACUGUCCCAUGCUCCUCUUGAUAGCCUGAAAGCUUCCUUUGUGGAACUAGGUGCAAACCCAGCUUAUCAUGAACUGCUAUUAACUGUUUUGUGGUAUGGAGUUGUGCAUACUUCUGCUCUUGUUCGGUGUACAGCUGCUAGAAUGUUUGAGCUGGCUCUUCGAGGCAUGAGUGAAGCGUUAGUUGACAAGCGGGUUGCUCCGGCCCUUGUUACCUUGUCCAGUGAUCCUGAAUUUUCAGUAAGGAUUGCUACAAUCCCUGCUUUUGGGACCAUCAUGGAAACUGUUACUCAGAGAGAGCUUCUGGAGAGAGUAAAAAUGCAGCUGGCAUCUUUCCUGGAGGACCCUCAGUAUCAAGACCAACAUUCUUUACAUACAGAAAUCAUAAAAACAUUUGGAAGAGUUGGACCUAACGCUGAGCCCAGAUUUAGAGACGAAUUUGUUAUUCCACACUUGCACAAGUUAGCCUUGGUCAACAACCAGCAGUCUGUUGAUUCGAAGAGACUGGAUAUCGCUACCCACCUGUUUGAGUCCUACAGUGCUCUUUCCUGUUGUUUUAUUUCAGAGGAUUUAAUGGUCAAUCACUUUUUGCCAGGACUGAAGUGUUUACGAACUGACAUGGAACAUCUCUCUCCAGAGCAUGAGGUUAUUUUGAGCUCCAUGAUAAAAGAAUGUGAACAGAAAGUGGAGAACAAGACCGUCCAAGAACCGCAAGGCUCGAUGUCAAUUGCAGCGAGCCUGGUAAGUGAAGAUACAAAGACCAAGUUUUUGAACAAAAUGGGCCAGCUGACUACAUCAGGUGCAAUGUUGGCUAAUGUGUUCCAGAGGAAGAAGUAAGAUGAGAAAAGGAACUCCGAGCUAACACUAAGGUGGACCUCACAGAGACUGGUUCCUGUACUUGAAGUACUUGCCUUUUAAUUUCUUCUGUCUUAUGUUCUUGUAGUAUAAUUUUAUUCUAACCUCCAAAGAUAUUUGCACUGCUUUUGAAUAUCGCUGUGUAUCUGUUAAUUUUGGGUUAACUGUGGUUGAUACAAAACUGAAAUCAUAGUCUGUACCAAGUCCCUGUUCUGUGUUCUUGUCUUUCCAGCAUAUUUUUUUUAUAUAGUGGAAGGUUUUGGUUUUUUUUUAUUUUCUGACAGGAUAUCAGCAAAUAUCUGUAUUAUACAUGGAGCUAUUCUGACGGUACUUAAAAUAAUGUAAAUUUGAAGUCAUUGUCAUGAAGUAAUAAAAGUGGAGAUUACUUAUGUAUUUAAAUUAUGAGAGAGUAAUGCAGAUUUUUUAAUUAUGUUUCUAAAAAGAAGAGGAAGAGCCACCAGCAUUUGUCUGUGCUUCUAGGGUUGUUUUUGUAAGUAUUGUGCAUCUUGAAUCCAGAGGAAUUGCAGUAUCUAAUGUACGAGACUGCUUGCACUGCAUCAGUCUGCAGGGAAUGCUCAUGUUUCACAUGCUUUAUGCCGACAUUGUAAAUGCUGUACAAAGUCCUUCAGAUAAAAUUCUCACACCUAUGUGGUUUUUUGAGGGAUUGUUUUCUUUUGUAGGGGUUUUUGUUUUAUUUUAAAGCACUUUACAAGUCUACAGAUCCACAGGCACAUCCAUUAAGUAAAGGAAAAACAUGAUAAAUUAAUAAAUGUUUAUAAACGUGUAAGCUACUACACAGGGUCCCCAGUACAGUUCUGCAGGCAGGGGAAACCUUAUGCAGGAGAGAGACAGCUUUCGUCUUGCACUCAGUGUGCAGUUCUGUGGACUGUGGAAACUAAAGAUAUUUUGUUGUUUAGAUUGAAUUUCAGUUCAAAUUUAAUUUUGGAGUGUUUGAAAUAAUGCUGAGUUUGAUGUGCUGAGUUUCUUUAAAAUGUUAAGUAGACUGCCUACAUACUUUUUGAAAAUGACAUUACAGGGAGUAUAUUCAACUACCAAAUAUUUUUGUUAGUAAGGAAGCGUUAACAACUAAAUCCUUUUCUUCCUAUACAGCACUUUUUUUCCCCCUCUUUAUGUCAAUGUAAUCUGAAAGUAAACUCAAGUGCAUGCAUGAACUGGUAUGAGGUAACACAAUAUAAAAGCUCAGGCGUUCUCUGACACGGUACCAUUCAGCUGGAAGUACGGCCGUCUUUGAGGACUAGGAAAGCAAAAAAGAGCAAGGAAAUAAAGUGUUCCCCCUAGAAAGAGGAUAUAGAUGGAAUAACAGGUCGGGUAUCACCCUUAGAUGGAGAUAAUGGAGAUAACUUGAGGCUUCUGCCUGCUUCGUGUCUGUGCUGUUGGCUGUGCAUACGCUGUUCCUGCCACGGCUGUGUUGUGACAGGGCCUGCUGCUCACGUGCGCGCCGUCGGUCCCCUCGCGCUGCACUGAUGGAACAUUUCUCUGGAGGUCACAGACUGCUCCAUGCCUUCGUGUUGCUCGUUACCAUGAAAGUACGCUUUUAGCAGACUGACUGUGAAAUAGAGACAUUCCUGAGGAAUGGGAAGUGGUGACGUUCCUCUCUAUUGUUUCUGUUGUCAAUAAAAAGUUUUGUAUACCUGCCUUGUCUUGUUACUUCUCUCUUCUCUGAAAAAGAUAAUCACAUCAACAGAGCUGUUACAGGACACAUAUCUAAUGUACAGAAAUUGUUUAGCCUUAACUCUUUUUACG